AUGCUCAGUGAGCAUGCACAAGCAUGUACAAGUUUAAACCAUGGUUCAGUUUCAGCGCGGUCACCAAAUCAGGGUGUGUGUGUGUGUGUGAGAGAGAGAGGGCGUGAACUGCAGAACCAGAAAUCAUUUCAGAUUUUUCAUUUCUACCUAUUGUUCUAUCAUGGAUUCCCUGCUCACCUGUCUCUGUGCUCUCUCCAGUUCCUUUACGCUCUGCCUCAGAAGGAGGGCUACGAGUUCUUCGUGGGUCAGUGGUCCAGACAUGAGCUGCACUUCACCUCACUUAUAAACAUCCAGACGCUUGGCGAGAACGCUCCGAGUCAGCUGAUCCUCUACCACUAUCUGGAGCUGAAGGAGGAGAAGGGCAUCGUGCUCAUGACAGCAGAGAUGGAUCCCAAGUUCAUCACUGUCCACCAGGCUCAGUGCUUGGCCAAUCAGGUGCAGCUGUUCUACGGCACACAGAGGCAGGAGACGUACCGAUUGGUGGAGACGUUUAACCACCAGCCUGAAGACUUUAAGCACAUGUCGGUGAUAGCAGAGCUGGAGCAGAGCGGGCUGGGGUCAGCAGGCACCCCGGGGGGCUCCUAAGAUCAGAAGAUGACCAGGGACUAUUUAUCUGUCUAGGACUGAAGCAUCAUGGUUCCUCUCUCCAUGUGGAUCCAAACUCGUAAAUGCAUAUUGUGAGCAGAAAAGAAGCAGGAACAGCAUCUUAUGAGCCGACAUUUAGUGAUUUAGGAAAUAAUGUGGUGGAAUAAAUGGAGGCGUUUGCCCCACUCUGUUCCAGACUGGAUUCAAGAGACUUUGUAAGCACUGAAGCUAAGCUCAAAAUUCUACAUUUGAUAUUUAAUAAAAUAAAAUAAUCCCCUAACAGUC